AUGAAUCCGAGCACCAUAUUCUACUCUAUAUACAGCUUUAAUUUAGCUGUUUUCUUCUGGGAGCUGUAUCUAUCUUUCAGACAGGUAAUUUUCAUUUAUCAACAUUAAAAUUCAUGUUGUUUUAGUACCGUUUAUUCCGUGACACCGAAAAACGGCCAGAUCAUGUCAGUGAGAUCAUCGAUGAGGCCGACUACGACAAGGCCAGACUUUACAAGCUGGCCAAAUUGAGAUUCGGAUUUGUUAGAGACACUAUUGGCAAGAUUAUCAGCAGUGUAUGUUUCUGACAGGUGAUUUGAUAUGAAUUUAGGUCGUUCUCUUCGCCAACAUCAUGCCAUUGUUUUGGGAAUCUUCUGGAAACGCUACUGAAGCUAUUUAUGGAGAAAGCGAGGUAAGUUUAGUAAUUUAAGUUGGCAAUAUUACUAAUUUGAAGUAGAAAAGUAGGUAGAGUCAUCGUUUCGCUAUCAACCAUCUCUUCGGCCAAUUUUCUAUUUUUAAAUAAUAAGACUAAACAAUUGCAGAUUAUUCAAUCCUUCCUUUUCACAAUCUACUCUUCUGUGUUCGGGAUCAUCGUCGGAUUACCUUUUGGAAUUUACGAAAACUUUGUCAUCGAAGAACAAUUUGGCUUUAACAAACAGGUAAGCUUACAUAAAUGACCGGUACUAGCGCAAACAGCGUUAAUUCUAUUAUGGUCGAUCCUUAAUUUUAUUUUGUUUUCAGACUGUGCAGUUUUACUUGGUUGACAAAUUGAAGAAGUUUGCCGUAACUACAGUAAUCAGCAUUCCCUUGAUUUCUAUCCUCAUUUGGAUUGUCAAUGCUGGUGGAGAGUACUUCUUUGUGUAUGUGUGGAUCUUUGUAUCUCUAGUCAUUUUUGUAAGUUUCGGUGAUUUGUGAUUCAGAUUUUAGGUCAUGAUGACGAUAUAUCCGGAAUACAUCGCUCCGUUGUUCGACAAGUUUACUCCAUUGCCAGACAGUGAACUGAAGACAAAGAUUGAAAAGUUGGCUGCUUCCGUCGAGUUCCCUUUGACCAAGUUGUACGUGGUUGAAGGUAGGUAAUGUUGUUAUUGUCUUUAGAAUCCUUGCUACUUGUAUAUAUUUAGAAUGUGAUGUUUUACUAAAUAAAACACUUUCAGGUUCGAAACGCUCUUCUCACAGCAAUGCUUACAUGUACGGCUUCUGGAAGAACAAACGUAUUGUACUGUAUGAUACCUUGUUAAGUGAGGAGAUGAACCAGCUGUUGAAGGAGACACAAGCCGAAGAAAAGAAGCCAGAAAAAGAAGAGGAGAAGAAAGAAUUGGUAAGCAUAUAUGACGUUAUGUAUUUGUUGUUUAGAAAAAGCCAGAAAAGAGGCUGGGGAUGAAGGAUGAUGAAGUUGUAGCCGUUCUUGGUCAUGAACUUGGCCACUGGAAGUUGUCCCACACUCUUUCGAACUUGGCCAUCGCUGAAGUGAACUUGUUUUUGAUCCUGGUAGUAUUCUCCUACUUCUACAAAAGCAACAAUAUCUACUUGGCCUUUGGCUACAAAGCUCCAGCUGUUCUGAUUGGUCUGACUCUUAUCACUGAAUACGUUUUGUCAGCUUACAACGAGAUCAUAAGCGUCGCCAUGAGUUUCCUCAGCAGAUAUAUGGAGUUCUCAGCUGACAGAUUCUCUGCCAAACUCGGGUACACCGACUUGUUGUGCUCAUCGCUCAUCAAACUGGGCAAAGACAACUUAUCUAUGCCCAUUGAUGAUCCUCUCUACUCCUUGGUCCACCACUCGCAUCCACCUAUCAUCGAACGUAUCGCUGCUUUGAAAAAGACUCAGUGA